AUGCGGCUCGCCUUCUCUUCGUUAUGUCUCCUUCUGUGGAGUUGUUUGUGGAGUGCGGUCUGCGCGAAAAGUGCCGUCGGGGACCGCAUACUAGUGGUCAUGGAGGACGAGGGCCAGAGAGGGGAGUAUGCGCAGUUUUGGAAGGACCUGGAGUUGAGAGACUUCAAGCUGAGCUUUGAGUCUCCCAAAACGGAAGACCUAUCGCUGUUCCGGCACGGCGAGUUAGCAUACGAGCAUUUGAUCCUCACGCCGCCUAAGUCCAAGGGCUACGGCCCUUCUCUGACACCGAAGGCCCUUCUCGCCUUCACCAACGCAGGCGGCAACAUCCUGCUCGGCCUCUCCGCCCAGUCUGGCACCCCCAGCGCCAUUUCCUCCCUCCUCCUCGAACUCGACAUAGCCCUCCCGUCUGACCGCUCCGCUCUGGUCGUCGACCAUUUCAACUACGACUCCGCCUCCUCGCCGGACAAGCAUGAAGUCCUAUUACUGCCCCGUCCUGGGCCCCCACGGCCCGACGUUGUCAACUUCUUCGGCGGUAGCGGCCUGGUGGCAUUACCGAACACCGUAGGACAGAGCCUGGGCAACACCAGCCCGCUACUGGCACCGAUACUGAAGGCGAGCAAUACGGCAUUCAGCUACAGUCCAGCGGAAGAGACGGAUUCGGAAGCAGGCGACGAUGGCUUCGCCACGGGAACGCAGCUGAGCCUGAUCACCGCCAUGCAGGCGCGCAACUCGGCGCGCUUCACCGUGCUGGGAAGCCUGGAGAUGCUGAGCGACAAGUGGUUCAAUGCCAAGGUCAAGGGCAACGACGGCAAGAGCGUGGCGACUGUGAACCGCGAGUUUGCGCAACAGUUGACCGAGUGGGCGUUCAAGGAGGUGGGCGUCUUGCGGGUGGACAACGUGGAACAUCACUUGAUCGAGGAGGGUGAUGCUGCGAAGCCUGCGGCGAACAGCACUCAGGUGGGCUUCUCGAACCCGGAGAUCUAUCGUAUCAAGAACGAUGUGGAAUUCUCCAUCACCCUCUCCCAAUGGUCUCGCGAUCACUGGGCCCCCUUCACCCUACCCGCCGGCGACAGCGUGCAACUCGAAUUCAGCAUGCUUUCGCCCUUCCACCGCCUCGCCCUCUCACCCGUGCGCACCUCUGUCAACAGCACCACCUUCGCCACCAGCUUCACCACCCCGGACCAGCACGGCAUCUUCGCCUUCAAGGUCAACUACAAGCGGCCGUUUUUGACGUCGGUCGAGGAGAAGCGCCAGGUCACGGUCCGCCACUUCGCGCACGACGAGUACGUGCGCAGUUUCCGCAUCCAGGGCGCCGUUCCCUGGGUCACGGGCCUGUGGGGCAUUGUGGUCGGCUGGGUCCUGUUCGUGGGCGUGUGGUUGUACGCGGAGCCCAGAGAGGUGCGGCGGGAGAAGAGCAUGGUGAGCCAAUGA